AUGGAUGCCAUUAUCGAGCAGAUAAAGUCAUUAGCCAAAGAUGCAGAUGACAUAACCCGAAAAACAAUCAUUGAUCAGCUCCGCGAGGUUUUCAUAUCUCUUGAGACUGCCCAAGAUGCUAUGCAGCGGAUAUCCUAUUCACACCUUCAAUCAAUCCUUGUUCGCGUGGGCUGUGACCUGAAACUUUUCGACCUUCUCACAGAGAGCAAAGAGCCUGUCACCGUGGACCAGCUAGCUAAGAAGACAGGGGCAGCCCCGAUACUCCUUGGACGGAUUCUUCGCUACUUGGCAUCCGUGGGAACGGUGAAAGAGACUGGAAAAGACACUUUUGCUGCCAACAACAUUACUAUUUACCUGACUAACCCCGGCAUUCAGAGUGCCGUUUACCAUAAUGUUGACACCCUCGGCCCGGCCAUGGCUGUGCUGCCAGAUUUCCUUGCAGAAAUCAAGUAUCAGGACUUCACGGAUUCAUCCAACACGCCUAUGAACAAGGCAUGGAAAACGGACCUUCCCCCAUUUCUCUGGCUGCAAACAAAACCAGAAAACCAUGCGCAUUUCAACCGCUUCAUGGAGGCGCAGCAUCAGGGCAUGCGUCAAUGGUUGGAUGUUUACCCUAUUGAAGAACGGUUUCAGAAUAUGGGACCAGAGCAGGUCGCAUUCGUCGAUGUCGGCGGUGGCAUCGGGCAUCAAGCCAUUGCGCUGCGCCAGCGUCUGCCUCAUCUCAAGAACAGGAUUAUUGUUCAGGAUGUGGAGGCGGUCAUCGCCCACGCUAUUCCGCAUGAAGGUGUAGAAGCCACGGCUUAUGACUUCUACCAACCGCAGGCCGUCCAAGGCGCCCGAGUGUAUUAUUUUCGAAACAUCAUGCACGAUUAUUCCGACGACAAAGCAAUCUUGAUCCUAAAAAACACGAUCGCAGCUCUCGGACACGAUUCCGUGAUUCUCAUCGACGACAUGGUUCUUCCAGACUCUGGCGUCCACCGGCACGCGACUCAGGUUGAUCUGACCAUGAUGGCGGUGAUGGCCUCGCGCGAACGCACGGCACAAGCAUGGUAUGAGCUGAUGGAGAAGGCCGGGCUCAAAAUACAGUGUAUUUAUACGUACACGCAGAGUUUACGCGAUAGUAUUUUGGAAUGUGUCCCCGUCCGAGCAAUGUAG